UGUGGCAUUUAGAUAUUUAGUCCAAGUGUAAAUAUAAUUUGGGUAAAAAAUUAAAACAAAAAGGUUUGAGUUUAAUCAAGAAAAAAAUGAAAAAACAAGAAAAAUGAAAAGAAAAACUUAGAAAAGUAGGGUUCGGUCUGACGAUCGCAUGGUAGUGCCGUCUCCAUGGGUGGCUCCGGCCGGUGGGUCGGGAGCGGCUAUCAGAUCAUUUGCAAAGAUGUUGGCAGCGAACAAAGAUAUCCCACUUAAAGCUCCCUUUCGGAAUCGGGGAAUGCCGGCGGUUCAAUUUUCUGAUGAUGAGAUCUCUUUGCUGGCGGAGCAGCAUAGAUUUGCGCUAGUGGGAUCCUUCACAAGAGGCAGACCUUCGAUGACUACAAUCAGUCAAGAGUUUGAAAAAAUUGGUUUCAAGGGUUCUCUUACGGUGGGUUUACUUGACCAACGACACAUUUUGCUUAAGUUUGGGGUAGAAGAAGACUUUCAACGGUGCUAGUUAAGACAAAUGUGGGUGAUACGUGGUUUUCGAAUGAAAGUAACAAGGUGGACUCCGGAGUUUAGGCCGGAUAUUGAGUCUCCAGUUGUGCCGGUUUGGAUCACUCUGGAUGGAUUACCUCUUCAUCUGCAUGAUAAAAGGGCUCUUUUCUUUAUUGCUGGAAUGAUAGGAAAGCCACUCAAAGUUGAUACAGCCACAUCAAAUUAUUCACGGCCUUCUAGAGCAAAAGUUUGUGUCGAACUUGAUUUGCUUCGAGAAAUCCCCUCAAAAAUGCUCAUUAUGCAUGGGGCAAAGGAGAUUAUUCAAUCAGUUACAUAUGAGGAAUUGCCCAAAUACUGUGUAAAAUGUAAUAAAAUUGGUCAUUCUAAGGAUGAAUGUGGCAUUCCUAAACCUCGUGUUGGGCAGAGUGGUCAGCAACACGCAGGUCAAAUGGUUCGGAAAGAGGUGCGUAAGGAUGAUCAGAAAGCCCCUGAGAAAUGGGUCCAAGUAUUGCGGAAAAAACAUGGAAAGGAUAAAAUGUUAGCAAUGGAGGAACAGCCGGAAUCAUCAAAAGAUGGGGAGCUUAAAGGGCCAGAGAGUUCGGUUUUACAAAUCACAGAUAAGGGAGGACAGGUUACUGGUGGGGAUACAAGUCUCCGUGGUGGAGAUGGUGUGAAUCUCAAUGGUGAGGCUGGGGUAGUCGAGGAAAUGCAUAAAGAAAAGGGAGUUAUCCAAGCUCAGGUUGCAGGGAUUGGGGAUAAUAUUUUGACAGAAGCAGUUCAAGAUCUAUCGGGGAACACUGCCUUGAAGGAGACAGAGAUGGUGGUUUUGUCUUCAGAUGUCACGAAAUUCAUAUCUUUUGAGGAGGGCGGCGGUAGAGCGGAUGAGGACAGAUUUUCCAUUGAUAGAGAGGGGUUUGUUUCUGAUGGUAAAUAGGAGACUUUGGAGGAGACAACAGUAUAAACUUGGAAAACAGUUUGUGAGGAGCUGAAAAAAAGGGUGGAAUUGAUAGAGAGCAAACAGGUGGAAGCAGCGGAUGUCAUUUCAAAAAAAGGUCAAAGAAGUUCUGCCUCGAGCAGUUACUACCAGACUAGCUCCUAAGAGGAUCAACACAGAAACCUCAGAGGUUUCUUUAUGAAGCUCUUAACGUGGAAUCUUCGUGGCCUCGCCAAUUCGUGCCCGAAGUUACGGCAGUUUGUAAAGCACCAUUCUAUUGACUUUAUUUCUAUUAUUGAACCACUAGUGGGCGGUCAAAAUAAAGGGGAUUUGUUUAAACUAAUCUUGGGUUUUUCUGAGCUUUUUAUGUCCAGGACUAACAAGAUCUGGCUGAUGUGGAAUACAUCUUCCUUUGAGGUUAUUGCCAUUCAGGAAAAGGAACAAUUUUUGUUGGUUAAGAUGAAAUUUCUGCCUAUGGAUUUUGAGUUUGUUUUUUCUCCGGUUUACGGCUUACAUACUAGAACUGAGAGAGGAAGAUUGUGGACCGGUUUGACUCGGUAUGCUCAUCAAGGUCCAUCAAAUUGGCUUUUGGUGGGGAUUUUAACGUUGUCUCUUCUAUUUCGGAGUAUAAAGGCUCGUCUAAUCCACCGUUAAAUGAGAUUACAAAUUUCCAAGAUUGCAUCGAUAAUUAUGAACUUAUGCAGUUACCUACCAUUGGGUCGUCUUAUACUUGGUCUGGUGUUAGAUCGAAUUAGGGGAGUAAAUGAGCCAAGCCGCUCUCGAGCUGCUCGGGGAUCGCUCGGGAAAAGCUUGACUCGAGUUCAGUCAUAUUAAGCUCGACUCGAGUUCGGCUCGACUCGAGUAGUUAACAAGCUCAAUUCAAGCCUAUUUAUUUUAGGCUCGUGGCUCGCGAGCCGGCUCGCGAGCCUUUGUGUCAUAUUUUAUAUAUAAUAAUUAUAUAUGUAAUGAUUAUAUAUAUACUUUUUUGGAAUAUGUAUUCUGAUUUAGGACUAUUGCAUUUUCAAUAUUUA